CAAAAACUUUGUCAAGGCUUUGGACAAAGAAGGCAAAGCUUUUCAUUAUUUGAAAACAAUCUUUCCACAGAUUUCAGAAGCAAAAAUAUAGGAAGGGAUUUUUGUGGGGCCGCGAAUAAGGAAAAUAAUGGCCAAUACCCAUUUCAAAGAACUAUUGUCACCAGUGGAGGCAGCAGCGUGGGACUCUUUUGAAAAGGUCGUUACUUCUUUUUUAGGCAAACACAAAAGUCCUAACUUCGAGCUGAUACUGAACGAUUUAAUCAAAAACUAUGCGGAAAUGGGAGUAAAUAUGUCUUUCAAAAUUCAUUUUCUGCACUCCCAUUUAAAUUUUUUCCCGAAAAAUCUUAGCGACGAAAGCGACGAGCAUGGCGAAAGGUUUCACCAGCAAAUGAAAAUGAUUGAAAGUCGGUAUCAAGGAUUCUGGGAUGUCGCUAUGAUGGGUGACUACUGUUGGUUUCUCAUAAGAGAAACCGAUCCUUAUAUAAAUAAGCGUCAAAACAAGACACAUAACUUUUUCAAUUAUAAAAUAAGAUCAUAGAGUUAAGACAGAGUCAUAUGUACAUAUGCUAUUAUUUGUAGGGUACUUAAGUUUUACUAUAUGGAUAUAUUUACUUGA